AUGAGUGAAAAGUCUUUAGAAGACAAAUUGCCACCUGAAUGUCUAUUUUGCGAAGAUUGGGAAGGCAAGUUAAGGAGAAUUAAUCCUCACAUUGCUCCUUCGGAAGAAUUCUUUGUCAGUCCAAGUCAGUUCAAGCAUCAUGUUGGAAAACAUAUGGAACAACUAGCUCUUUUUGCAGUUCCCCGAGAGCGAAGUGACGACAAAGACCUGAAUUCUGAUAACUCAGAGGGGCAUUCAAUUAAUAGCCUGCGAAAUGUAGGGAAGUUAAGUUCUAGGGCUUUAUCCAGCCACGCGCUUAGUUCUUUCGUUGAUAGUGUGCAAUCGAAGCACAACAAUGAUUUUUCAGUCGCUGACUAUGAGGAGCAGUCCUUGGACAUCGAUUACUCGUAAGUAAUGUAUUCCUUUCAACGUCUGGGUACUAAUCUGAUAUACUCAUAAGAACAAAUUAUGAUGAACAAGUCGCAACUCCACCACCAGGGAGUUCUGAAGUGACAAGUACCGUUGAUGAUUACAUGUACUACAUCGCAAAGCUUGGAAUUGAUACCGAGCUUUUUUCAGCGUUAACUGCAAGCCGCCGAGGACAGGUUGUCCUGAACGCUAUCUCGGAGGUAGCUAAAUCUGAUUACAAUCAAUUCAAAAGCAAAUUGGAAUUGGAAAUAGCAAUGGGAAUGCUUGAUCCGGGGCCAAGGAUUUGGACAGGCACCAAGUUCUUACCUCGUUUCGUUCAAUCCGCUCGGGUACCUGGUGAAGGACUAUACUAUUUCCACGAUGAUGGGAAUCACUAUAAGGCGUUCAUCGAGGACAAGGCAUUAAUCCUUACUGGGGUGUUACUGAAGCUGGAAAGCCGAGAAAGAGACUCGAAAUUGCAUGUUUGA